GCCUACACGAAAGAUACCUGCUCAGCGUGCUUUACAAGCUCUUUACGAAGACUCGCUCGCAUAUCAAGGACACUGAGUGAAGCCCAACCUGUAGAACAAGCUGUCGCCAGGGAUUCAGCUGCGUGGAUCCAUCCAGACAAUUUCAAGGAUUACCGAAGUUUGCCGAGAAAACCGCCUACCUCUCGUGCUAACCUUCGUUGGCUAUGAAAAGGCGUUUGACAGCGUCGAGACUAUGCCAUACUGUCAGCGCUCGUCGACCAAGUGGUUACGAGUUGAUGGGAGAUUCCUCUCGAACCUUCGUUCUGCAGACGACAUUGUUCUCUUCUCGAGGAAUACCACUGAAGCGGAGACGAUGUUGAGGGAACUAAACGAAGUGGGGAAGCGAAGGACUGUGAAUUAA